AUGGACCCAGUCGGCGGCGAGUCGCUGCCAUCUCCCAUCGCAUUCGCAUGGUGCACAACCGGCCGCAUGGAGAUAAGUCGCCCCUUCCCCGCUGAUUCCGCAGACAUCCGCCUCUUCCGCUCGCCGGAGUACGUCGAGUUCCUAUCCUCCGUCUCCUCUGAUGCGCUUCAUGACCACACGCACUCGCGCCAGCUCAAGCGCUUCAAUGUCGGGGAGGACUGCCCCGUCUUCGACGGCUUAUUCAGUUUCUGCCAGGCGUCGGCCGGUGGAUCCAUCGGGGCCGCCGUCAAGCUUAACCGGCAAUUUAUCGAGCUGAUUCUUGGCCUGCUGUUUGUAGUUAUGUGCCAUAUAGUUUCCAAUAUUUUGGGGAUCAUGUUACUGCCAAAUAUCUACACAAAUGAACUCCGAAUAUGUCUUGGGAAUCGUGUACUAUAUGUUGACAUUGAUGUUCACCAUGGAGAUGGUGUCGAGGAGGCCUUUUAUGUGACUGACCGUGUAAUGACAGUAUCAUUCCAUAAAUUUGGUGAAUUCUUUCCUGGAACCGGACAUAUUAAAGACAUCGGGGUAGGCACAGGGAAGUACUAUGCUCUAAAUGUCCCGUUAAAUGAUGGGCUGAAUGAUGAAAACUUUCGUACUUUGCUCCGCCCCAUUAUGCAAAAAGUCAUGGAAGUUUACCAGCCAGAUGCUGUUGUUCUUCAAUGUGGGGCAGAUUCAUUGGUUGGCGACAGGUUAGGGUGCUUUAAUGAAGGGGCAUGCAGACUGUCUUCGAUUCUUGAGACUGCAGUGGCAGUUGAUGUUGAACCAGACAAUAAGUUGCCUUACAAUGAAUAUUUUGAGUAUUUUGUCCCGGAUUAUACUCUUCAUGUGGAGCCAGGCAAUAGGGAAAAUCUUAAUACGGACAGAGAUUUAGAGAAAAUCAGAAACAUGUUACUAGAUCAACUUUCUAAACUACAGCAUGCACCAAGCGUCCCUUUUCAGUCCAUGCCCCCGACCACAGAAGCUCCGGAAGAGACAGAAGGCGACAUGGAAGUGAGACCUAAACCGAGGAUAUGGAAUGGUGAUGCUGAAUAUGAAUCUGAUGAUGAUGAGAAAGAGAAAUUGCACGGCGGAGUUUGA